CGAUAAAGUUAACUCCACAAAAGAAAAUCAAAAACACAAAAAAAAAAUAAAAACAAAAACAAAAACAAAAACUAAACAAAUGAAUUGAAAUUGAAAAAACAGCUAAUCUCUAUCUCUCUCAGAUUUUUCGAUUUCCGUGUCAAGCAAGCAUUCACCUCCAUUGAGCUUGCUUCACCGAUGGGCAACACAGUUUCAAUACCCAAAUACCCAUAAAGAUGAUGAAUCGUCUGACCUAACUUUUAUUUUUCUUUCUUACUUCUUCAUCUUUGUCUGAUCUGCACCAACCACCCUUAAUUCGUAAAGGGUUGUUUUGGGAAUCGUCGAUCUGUGUCUGUGCCGUGAUGGGUCACGAAGUGGUUGCGAUCGCUCCUUCGCCGCCGCCGACGUCGUUGGCACCUGGGUUUCGGUUUCAUCCGACCGAUGAGGAGCUGGUUAGGUACUAUUUGAGGAGGAAGGCUUGUGGCAAGCCGUUUCGGUUCCAAGCUGUUUCGGAGAUCGAUGUGUACAAAUCUGAGCCCUGGGAGCUUCAAGACUAUUCAUCACUGAAGACUAGAGAUCUAGAAUGGUACUUCUUCAGCCCUGUAGAUAGGAAGUAUGGCAAUGGGUCACGACUGAACCGUGCCACCGGCAAAGGGUACUGGAAAGCAACUGGGAAGGAUCGUCCUGUACGGCAUAAGUCACAGGCCAUUGGGAUGAAGAAAACACUCGUCUUCCAUAGUGGACGAGCUCCAGAUGGCAAGCGGACCAACUGGGUAAUGCAUGAAUACAGGCUCGUGGAUGAGGAAUUGGAGAAAGCUGGAGUAGCACAGGAUGCAUUUGUGCUGUGUAGAAUUUUUCAGAAGAGUGGUUUAGGACCACCAAACGGGGAUCGGUAUGCGCCAUUUAUUGAUGAGGAAUGGGAUGAGGAUGCAGCUCUCUUUGUUCCAGGAGGAGAGGCUGAGGAUGAUAUGGCCAAUGGUGAUGAAGCACGAGUUGGAGCAAAUGACAUUGACCAGCGCAAGGCUCCUUAUCAUAACGAAAUUCCAUGUAGCUCCCAUAAUCUUCCAUUUGUUUGUAAGAGAGAAAGGUCAGAGGAUCCAGAACCCAUCUCUUUAGUCCCAGAUAAAAAAUCUAAGCAUAAUGAUCCCAACUCUAGCCAUGCAAAUGGCUCGGAAGAUUCAACUACAACAAGUAAGGAUCUGACGGUCAAAACAACCACUACGAAUUUUUCCUCAGCACUCUUGGAAUUCCCUUUGCUAGAAUCUAUUGAAGCCAAAGAAAGUCUUCCAGUUAACGCACCUACAUUUGAUUCUUCUAACCUCGAGAAAUCUGUGCCUCCUGGCUAUUUGAAAUUUAUCAGCAAUUUAGAGAAUGAGAUCCUUAAUGUUUCAAUGGAGAGGGAGACAUUGAAGAUUGAAGUGAUGAGGGCCCAAGCCAUGAUCAACGUUCUUCAAUCACGGAUUGAUCUUUUGAACAAGGAAAAUGAGGACUUGCGAAGGCACGUUCGGGGUGUCUAGCUAGCUAUGCAUGGCACAUGUAUCCUAGUUUUGUAUUUUGUAGCUUCUGGCCCCAGCCAGAUAAAAAUGCUACAAAAGCUUAUUAAUCUUCUGAACAAAGAAGAUGAGUAACGGGGCCCAUUUGAGCUGUCUAGCUGUUUUUGGUGCCUAUGUAAUCUAUUUCUGUAGUUGUUUCAUUGUAAUCUGAACGGAUGUAUCAGUAGCCAUUGACUGUGCUAUCUUUUUCAGAGCAGUGUAUUCAAAUAAAGUUGGCAUUCGGGAUUUUGCUCAUGGUAAUGGUGAAUUGUUCGGAGUUUUAUCAGUGUCCAUCUUAGU